AUGGAAUUGUAUACAGGUAAACAAAAAGAGGGGCCUUAUAAAAUAUCUAAUUCAGCCACUGAUGUUGUACUUCGACUAUCUCGUCCAAUUUAUGAUUCUGGGCGUAAUAUUACGGCUGAUAAUUGGUUUAGCAGUAUUCCGUUGGCGAAAGAGCUCUUAGAAAAAAUAAAAAAGAACUGCCAAUACAAUUUGUUUCUACUAAAAAUAGAGUGGAUAAUUUCACCUUGUUUGGUUUUGGAAACAAAUGACAAUAGCUUCAUACAUACCAAAAAAAAAAACAAAAAUGUAAUUAUGCUAUCUAUUAUGCAUCUUGAUGGUUCUAUUUCUGAACAGCCAGAACAUAAUUCUAAGCCCGAAAUCAUACUUUUUUAUAACAAUACAGGAGUUCACACAAUAGAUGAAAUGUGUUCUACUUAUUCAGUGUCACGUAAAGUAAGGCGUUGGCCUUUGGUGUUAUUUUUCCGGCUUAUAGACUUGGCUGGUAUAAAUGCUGAAGUUAUUUUUUCUACAAAUAACCGAAACAAUAAACUUAUUCGAAGAAAAUUUUUAGAAGAAGUGGGCUUAUCAUUACUAAAGGUUUCGCUGAAAAAACGAGCAGUUUCAAAAUAUAUUCCAAGGUCUCUCAGACAAAAGGCGUCUAAAUCUUCUGGUGAAGAAAAACUCCCUGAAUGUUCAAAAGUUGUAGGAAUACGAGGAAGAUGUGCUGUUUGUCCAAGGGACAAAGAUAUAAAAACAACAAAUUCAUGUCAAUUAUACAUGUGCCAGGUGCCUCAAACAUAUGGAAACAGUAUUUAA